AUGUCCGACAUGACCAAACGAUUUGAAUUUAAUUUUUCUUUUUUCGAAGAAUCGGAAGGAGUGAUUAAUUCUGUCUAUUUUAUUUGGAUGAGAGAAGUAUCUUUAUUGUCAACCAUUGAUUCUUCCAAAUCUCAAUGCUUUCCAGAAAAAUUAGUGACAUUUAACAGUCAUUUCACACGAUCCAAUGAUGAAAAUGAAUCCAUAAUGGACAAGAUUCAAAAAGGAUCUUCCGAUAUUCUGGAAUUUGUGUUAAAAGUUAACACAUUGGGAGAUGCUUGGAAACAAGCAAAAACGAUUAAUGAAAUCACUUUACUAGAAUUUCUUCAUAAGGAAAAACAAAGUUUUGAAUAUAUUCGCGUUCCUCGUUUAUUCGAUUACGAUCUUGAUGGUACAACUUGUGACUACGAAUAUCUCUUAAUGGAAAAAUUAUCUGGAGUUUCCAUGAGUUUACAUAGUCGAAUCAUGGACAUUGAUGAACGAAAAUUUUGGAUUGAACAAAUCGCUCAUUAUUUAAUUGAAAUGAAAGAACGAGUGUCUUCAAAGAUUUAUGUGGAAAGAAUUGGAUUGGAUACAACCCACGAGGAAAAUCGACAACAAUUUGACUUGAAAUUUUUGGAAAAUUCGAAAAAAGAGACGAAAUGGUUUGGAGGUAGUUUUUUGAGCUUGAAGCAUGGGAAUCCUGCAAAAGAAUUUGAUAAUAGGCAAAAAUGUAUUGGUGUGACUCUUUGCCCCUAUGUGGAUAGUAAGAAAGGUCCAUUUGAUAAUUAUGUAGAUUAUCUAAAAUCGCUCAUUGAAUUUAGAAUUCCAAUAUUUGAAAGAAUUGAAAAUGGACGAUUUAAAAAAUACAUUCCAUUCAUGAAGAAAUAUAUUGAGAAAUAUUUGAAUGAUGAAUUUCGAGAAAGAGUGGAGAAGGAAAAUCUUUCACUUUUUAUCAGUCAUGGAGAUCUCUCAAUGAGUAAUGUGAUAAUUUGUCCCAAGAGUAAGAAAAUUACUGGAAUUAUUGAUUAUGAAUGGGCACGCCUCUCUGUAAUUGAGGAAGAUUAUCGAACUGUUCUCCAAGAUUGGUGCAUUGGUGUCACAGAUUUGGAGCACUAUUUUACUUCCCUCCUUAAACCUCAUUUAUCGAAUUUGUAUGAAGAAAUUUUAAAACAUUUCCAAUUCAUUGACUUGUUGAGCAAUAUUGAAAACUUUAGACAAUUCAAUGUGAAUGAUGAGAAGGAAGCAGAACUUUCAGUCGUGACAGUUAUGGAGGAAUUGGAUGAACUGUGUUUGAGAGUAUUGUGA